AAGCGGGCUACCGCCACAGCGCCACAGUGAAUGUAAACAGGGGCAAAACAAAACGAAAGUGUGUUUUUUGUCUGUAAUCGGUAUCGAAAUAUCUGUGUGAAAAGUAGUUUGUCUGUUCGUUUUUGGGUGUGCAUCUAACGCGCAACAUGGCAGAUAAUUUCGAUGAUAUGUCGAACGAUCAGCUGCGGCUGAAGCUGCUCGAGUUCGGCCUGUCCAACAUGCCGGUCACAAGCACGACGCGAAAGGUGCUGAUCAAAAAGCUACGAAAUCACAUCUCCACCAACGGCGGAGGCGGAGGCGCUGGGAAGGGCCGGCGUGAAACAAUCCACCUUACAAAGUACUCUUCCGACGAGGAUAGUGAGCCCGUCAGCAGCCAACCCGCUGGCACGAAGAAAACCGCCGUGACCGCCAAAAAGGAGCAGACAAAUCGUCGAGCAACGAUUGCUAGCGCUGGGACCGCAGCAGCAUCAACGAAACUGCCCAAAUUCAUUUCUGCAUCACAACCGACACCGAAAGUCUCCGAAACAUUGCCACCGGAGCCGGGAUCUGCGUCGAAGCGUCGAUCGGGAAGAGUUACCCCGGUGAAGGAUAAGGAUGUUGCAUCAUCCGCAUCGUCCACGAAAGCAGCACCGAAAGUGCCGGCAAUACUGGAGGACUCGGACGACGAUAUGGUUCCGCUGACACAGUUGACCCAGCGUGAGCGCAAAUCGAAGAGCCCUUCGCUGUCUCGCGCUGAGAUGCUGACUACGUCCUACAUACAUCAGAUGGAGGUGGCCGCCCCGAAGGUUCCGGAAUCAAUCGAGGAAGAGAUGGAGGUGGACGUACCGGAAAUGGGGAAGAACGAGCAGGACAUGGACGUAAUCGUGCUGGAUGAUGAUGAGGAUAGCGAUCUUGCCUCGGUUUCGAUGCCACCGCCACAGCAACCACCGAAACCAGCGCCAGUGAAAGAGUCCUACAGUCAAACGACAUCCGAGACGCGUCGCACCUUUACCACUGCCACCACGAUGACCGAUAGCCGGAAGGGUAAGGAGGAGCGUGUCUUUGCUGAACCGGCCCCGCUGAAGUACGGCACGACGGAACGAACCCUGCCGAAGCCUACGUUUGCAUCACCAUCGAUCCGCAGCAGCAUGUCCUCGGCGGUACGUGAAGAAACCGGUCCAAAGUACGACCCAACCGAUUCUCCGUAUUUAAGCGAGUUCACCAAGCGUCUGUCCCGCUUGCGUGCGGAAGCAGUCCAACAGCCCGGUGGUGUUUCGCGCGAAUCUCCCUCCAGACGGACAAUGUUUGAAGGGUCCACUACGUCGUCGCUGCGAUCAACGUACGCGCCGCCACGUGAGGAAUACGAAGCUUCAUCGUCCUCCCGGUACCGAGCUGGUCGGCAAACGAUGGCUCCCACGGUGUCUACGGCAGGUCGUAGGACAGCAACCGAGACGAGCGGUGUGCGCAGCUCCAUGCGGCAGGAGCUGCUGGCACUCGAUCGGAAGUACUCGAUCCGGAAGAUCUUCUACAGCCUCAUCAUCGUAUUGGUGGUCAUUUUCCUGUUUGUAUUCUUCUUUCUGUAAACUCACAUAUGUAUGCGUUUGUAAUCGUUCCACUUUGAUUCCCUUUGAAGUCAUUUUUAGCCAACUGCAUUUCCUAGCUUGGAAAGCUAGUAAUACUCUCUUCGACACGGACAGUAACGUUCGUGGGUCAAUUUUAAAAAGCUAAAAUUUGUACACGAGGCUUCGUGGCCCCAUCCCACCACCUACAAGCAUGGUAGGUUUCUUUUUGUUUUUUUUUGUUCUUUUGGUC